CCGGAGCAGAGUCUGUAGAACAGUACUUUUACUGCUACCGUCGUUCAGAUCUGCUAUCCCUUUGAUUUGCUUGACAUAAAGUUGUGUGAACGUACAUUCAUCUCUUCUCGCCUUCACCUUGCAAUUCAGGAUGGACCACCAGGACUGGCAGAGAGGAAGGAGUAGGACCCACCAUCACUAUGACGACGUGGAUGACCCCCAGCCGCUGUACAUCGGCGUUCCGGCCACGCAUCGGAGGAAACGUCGGCGGCAUCACUCGAGCGCCAACGAGCCCGACGGCAGCGAGCGGCAUCACGCGCACUACGACCGCCACGCGCACCACGACUACUCCCAGCGCGACUCCUACUAUGACCGGGACGACCGGGACGACCGGUACGACCGGGACGACCGCUACGACGAGGCGGAGGACCCCGCCGAGCCCCACGGACACUCUGACCUCACCGUCUCCCCGGCGGCAGAGCGGCUGCGGCAGCUCCUGGCAGAAGAGGACAGCAUCCCGACCCCCACCCUGUUCACCGAGAUGGACACCCUGCAGCAGGACGGGGACGAGCUGGAGUGGAAGGAGUCGGCAAGGUGGGUGAAGUUUGAGGAGAAGGUGGAGGAGGGAGGGGAGCGCUGGAGCAAGCCCCACGUCUCCACCCUGACCCUCCACAGCCUGUUUGAGCUGCGGACCUGCCUGCAGACCGGCAGCAUUCUGCUGGACCUGGAGGGCUUCUCCCUGCCCCAGAUAGUGGACGAGAUCGUGGAUCGGCAGAUAGCAGAUGGUCUGAUUGGUCCAGAGGUGAAGGACAAGAUCAGCUUUGUGUUACUACGGAAACACAGACAUCAGACCAAGAAGACAAUGCACCGCUCGCUGGCAGACAUCGGGAAGCCCUCCAACCCUACUCCUAACCGUAGUCCUCAAGCUAACCUGAGUCGUAGCACUAGCACCGCCUCCGGUAUUCAGCGCUCCACCGAGGACCUGCGGAGUCGCCAGGCCAGCAGCCUCGGCCGUCUACAUCCGGCCCAGAGCAGGAGCAUGAAUGAUAUUUCAGAUACACCGAGCAGCGACCAGCUGAAGAACAAGUUCAUGAAGAAGAUCCCACGAGACGCCGAGGCGUCCAACGUCCUGAUCGGCGAGGUCGACUUCCUGGAGAAACCGUUUGUCGCCUUUGUGCGAUUGGCUCAGGCCACGACCCUCGGUGGCCUCACCGAGGUCCCCGUUCCGACCAGGUUUCUGUUCAUCCUGCUGGGCCCUCGUGGCAAAACCAAAGCCUACAACGAGAUCGGCCGGGCCAUCGCCACGCUCAUGGUGGACGAUUUGUUCAGCGACGUGGCCUACAAGGCCAGGGACCGUGACGACCUGAUAGCGGGCGUGGAUGAGUUCCUGGACGAGGUCAUUGUCCUCCCUCCAGGGGAGUGGGACCCCAAGAUACGCAUAGAGCCGCCCAAGAAGGUCCCCUCCGCUGAGAUGAGGAAGUCCGUGCUGAAUAUCAACGAGCUGGGCCAGAUGAACGGAUCGGCCGGCGGGGGUGGAGGGGCGGGUGGAGAAGACGACGAGAUGCCCGCCCCUCAUGAGCUGGGCGAGGAGCUGGCCUUUACUGGGAGGUUCUGUGGAGGCCUGUGGCUGGACAUCAAGAGGAAGGCGCCGUGGUUCUGCAGCGAUAUCUACGAGGGCUUCCACGUCCAGUCCAUCUCCGCCGUGCUCUUCAUCUACCUGGGAUGCAUCACCAACGCCAUCACCUUUGGAGGGCUGCUAGGAGACGCCACUGAUAACUACCAGGGUGUGAUGGAGAGCUUCCUGGGUACCGCCCUGGCGGGGACCGUCUUCUGUGUGUUCGGGGGACAGCCCCUCAUCAUCCUGAGCUCCACAGGACCCAUCCUCAUCUUCGAGAAGCUACUCUACGAUUUUAGCAAGAGCAACGACAUCGACUACAUGGAGCUGCGGCUGUGGAUCGGGCUCCACUCCUGCCUGCAGUGCUUCAUCCUGGUGGCCACGGACGCCAGCUACAUCAUCAAGUACAUGACCCGCUUCACAGAGGAGGGCUUCUCCAGCCUCAUCUCCUUCAUCUUCAUCUCCGACGCCAUCAAGAAGAUGGUUGGAUCCUUUAAAUACUACCCAAUCAACCGAGGGUUCAAGCCCGACUUCAUCACAUCCUAUAAAUGUGAAUGCAUCGCUCCAGACCAGGAUUCUACAUUGGGCUUCAACAUUUCAGCUCCCCUUGCUGACGACAACAUGACUUUGUUGUACAACCUGACAGACAUGGAUUGGGGUUUCCUGAGUAAGAAGGAGUGUGUAAAGUACGGCGGGACGCUGGUGGGCAGUGCCUGCAAGUACGUCCCUGACCUGGCGCUCAUGUCCUUCAUCCUGUUCUUCGGCACCUACUCCAUGACCGUCAGUCUCAAGAAGUUCAAGUCAAGCCGCUACUUCCCCACCACGUUGCGUAAACUGAUAAGCGACUUCUCCAUCAUUAUCUCCAUCCUGGUGUUCUGUGGGUUGGACUACUUGAUGGAGCUGGACACCCCCAAGCUGCACAUUCCCACCCAGAUUAAGCUAAGGAAGCUAAUCAGUGAUUUUUCCAUCUUCAUGUCCAUCAUGACUUUCGUGGGUCUGGACAUGUUGAUGGGCUUAGACACUCCCAAACUCAUUGUCCCAACAGAAGUCAAGCCCACGCGUCCGGACCGCGGCUGGCUGAUCAUGCCCUUCGGGAAGAACCCGUGGUGGGUGUACGUGGCCAGCUUCGUGCCCGCUCUCCUCGUCACCAUCCUCAUCUUCAUGGACCAGCAGAUCAGCGCCGUCAUCGUCAACCGCAAGGAGAACAAGCUCAAGAAGGGCUGUGGCUACCACCUGGACCUGCUGUGGGUGGGGGUGCUGAUGGCCGUGUGCUCCUUCAUGGGCCUGCCCUGGUACGUGGCCGCCACCGUCAUCUCCAUCGCCCACAUCGACUCCCUGAAGAUGGAGAGUGAGUCCAGCGCCCCCGGGGAACAGCCCCAGUUCCUGGGCGUCCGUGAGCAGAGGUUGACGGGCAUUCUGGUGUUUGUUCUGACCGGAGUCUCAGUGUUCCUGGCUCCAGUCCUUCAGUACAUCCCGAUGCCCGUUCUCUACGGAGUCUUCCUCUACAUGGGAGUGGCUUCCUUGAGCGGCAUUCAGUUCUGGGAGCGCAUGAAGCUGUACCUGAUGCCCGCCAAGCACCAGCCGGACUUCUCCUUCCUGCGCCACGUGCCCCUCAGGCGGGUGCACCUCUUCACCCUGGUGCAGAUCAUCUGCCUGGCCGUCCUCUGGACCCUCAAGUCCACCUUCCUGGCCAUCAUCUUCCCCGUCAUGAUCCUGGGUCUGAUGGUGGUGCGGAAGCUCAUGGACAUGAUCUUCUCCCAACACGACCUGGCCUGGCUGGACGACAUCCUGCCGGAGAAGGAGAAGAAGAAGAAGGAGGACGACGGAGACAAGAAGAAGAGCAAGAGGCGGCCGGUGGAGCCCGAGAGUGACGAAGAGGUGAGGGGGGUGCACACACACACACACACACACACACACACACUCCAAGACCUCGCAUCCUCCUCCUCCUCCUUCUCCUCCUCCUGUGACGAUUCCAAUGGAUACCAUAACCCCGCCUCCACACUCAGACAGCGCCCCCGUCACCCCUUCGACCCCAUCCCCAACCCCCCCUUAACAGGAGUGAGCCCUUACACGGCCGUGCUGACCACCACUCCGGACUCCGACCACAGGUACUGUGUGUUGGAGCUCCGCGUGCCCUACAGCCACAUCCUGUCUGUCCCCGUAGACACUGCUCUGGCAUGGGACGCAACCACUGCACCCAAGCACCAUGCACCUGCCAACCCGGUCUACCUGACGGGGGGCGCUCCCUGGGACCCCCGGCUCGUCCCACCACCACCACCACCACCGCCGCCGCCCUGCUCGGCAUCACCGCCGUCGCCAUGCCAACCGGCCCCCCCGCCCCAGCCCGCGCAGGUCAGCAUCCGGGUGGAGACAGAGCUCCAGCGGUCGCUGCUCUCCUACCGCUACCAGCGGCCGCAUAGCGGUAGCGAUAGCAGUAGCGUUGGCGGUAGCCGUAGCACGGUCUCCAGGGUCACCGUCCACCCAGCUUACGACCCCCCUCGCCCCGCUCCUCCAACCGUCCACCCACACACAGACUCCUCUGUCGCGGCGCGGGACGACGCACCCACACACUCGGGGCCACGCAGCGCAUGCGGCGAAACGGUUCUGUGA